AAAGCAAAACGGGAAAGAUUAAAUAUCGCUAGUAAAUAAUAUUCAUUUUCUAGUAUUUCCUUUUAUUUUCCACGACUUAAUCGUAUUGUUAGGUGUGUGAAUAAAAGUCUCAAAUUGGUAGUGGAAAAGAUUGGGAAGUAUGAAUACUGGUGGUGGUAUGAGGCCUUUAGGGAAAACUGUGCUAACUUGACCCAAAGCGUAUAAUAUUACGCCAUGUUAAAAGAGUAUCUUCGGGCUGCUUGAGCCCAAUACGUAUAUUGACUCAAUGUAGUAAAACUCAGAGGAAAGUUAACUCUAUUUCAUUGUGUAUAGCAUCAGAAAAGUAGAGAUCAAAAUGAAAAAAGGAGGAUAUCACAAACUUUAAAGCUGAACGUGAAGAAGCUUCCAUCAAUGAAUGUGGUAUACCCUCAUCUUGUGUGCGGGGGAAGAUCUUUUUCUCGUAUACUUUGGGAAACUCUUGAAUCAUUUCAUGAGAUAAUUCCUCAUAAUAUUUCUAACACAAAAAUUGCCAGCUACAUUGCUUUCACCAGGAACCGCCAAUACUUGUCAAAUUGUGGUCGUAUAGUAUCUUCGUACACUAAUCCAAAACGACUAGUUUUGAAGGUUGUUUACAAGACUAAAAGAAUGUCCCGUAGGCAAUACAAUAAGGAAUAUGCUUUAUUCAUCAAUUACGCACUUGUGCUGUUUGUUGAGUAACUCCAUGUAAUUAGACAUCUUAAUUUAACAAAUGUUUUCUUAGGUGCAUGAGGUAGACCCAGAAAAUAUGGUUGAAUCUUAUAUUCUGAUGUAGAUCUUUAAUUCUUCUUAGGCUUGCAAGUGACUUUUUGCUUUUGGUUUCUUGUUGUCUUAAGUCGUCCUCUUUUCUUUACAAGUUAUUCUCUGAUUUGUGCCUGCCUUAAGGCUAAGGGGAGAACUGCAUGUCCUACUAGUUGGAUAGAGGCCUACCUUCCUAUUGGCUUCUGCGGUGAAAAGUUGUUGGGCUAAAGAGUAUUGAAGCUAAUCCGUAAAAUCAAAUGCAGAUGAAUAGAUCCACUUUCGCUUUAGAAAAUAAGAUCCUAGAAGCAAUUGUCAGCACCCAAGAGUGUGGCCUAGUGGUCAAUGAAGUCGGUAAGAACCAUUAGGUUUUAGGUUGAAAUCCUAGCGGAGGCAAAAAUAUAGGUGAUUUCUUCUCAUCUAUCCAUAUCAACCUAGUUACCUGGUACCUGUUACUGGUGGGAGGUGGCAGGUAUCCCGUGGAAUUAGUCGAGGUGUGGGCAAGCUGGCCCGGACACCACACCAUCAACAUAAAAAUAAAGAUCCUAGAAGCAAUUGUUUAGCAUGAAAUUAUCUGUCAUAAUGAAAACAACAAGACAGUAAGGUAGGGGUAAGGUCUGCGUACACACUACCCUCCCCGGACCGCACAGUGUGAGAUAUUACUGGGUAUGUUGUUGUUGUUGUUAACUCAUGCACUAAAGAUAACACUUGUUUAAGAUUGUGAAAUUACUGCAUAAGUAGCACCACCUGUGUAAUAUAAUAAAUACAUCCUCUUAUUAUCCAGCCUGCUUACCUUAAUAAAUACAUCCUCUUAUUAUUCAGCCUGCUUACCUACGUCGUGUUCUUUUGAUCUUGUAAAUAACCCUCAGGACAAAUCAUUUAGGUCUGGUUUGAAAUUUCAUUGUGUGAAUAUACUAACAACUGUUGUUUGAAGAUUUUUUUGGUUUCUUCUGAAAGCUUCGUACCUGAUGGCUUUUGUAAUAGAGGCCUUAUGUGGAACUAUCUUUGGAAAUUAUCCAAGAGUUUUGCGGUGACUUUUGUUUAUUGUAUCUAAAAGUCUUACCAGUUCUAGGGUCAACUAUGCCUUGUAUAAGAAGUGAAGAAGAUCUUUUUCAGCAGCUUCCUAUAUUUGCAACCUCUAACUUAUAUGAUCCCAAUGGCGAGCUAAAGUUCAUAUUUCUUCUCUAUUAGCUUCUUACUUAUUUUCCAUUGAGCGGUGUUAUUUUCCUUGUUGGGAUCAUAUAGUUCCAUACUUUAAAAGUUGUUUAUUGACCUUGUAAUGUUUUUGGAUCUUGGAGUUCAAUAGUAGGUAUGGACCCCGGUUGGUUGAGCAGCAGUGGUUGGAUCAUCUUCUAAUUUAACACUAUCUGGUUAAAAAUCACAUCUAAAUCUAAGUUCAUUUUAGUAUCUUCAGUUUGUUGAUGUCUUUUACUGACUAUUAUAGUCUCCUGAGUAAUUAAGUGCUAUGAGUAUUCUGCUUCUUUAUAUGAACUCAGCAAGACAAGGACGAGAUGAUGAAGAAUGUCAUUUUAGUUGAAGAUAGAAACAUGUAGUAUCAACGAAAAUUGUUAACCUAUAGAGAGUGGAAGGAAGGUACCAAAUUUGCCUAAUUAACGAAAAAUUGAACUGGUUGAGCUUGAAAGUCGAAACGCGAAUUACAAAAUCCAAAUUCCAGAUUGGUUGAUAGCCUUAUAAAUUAAAAAUUGAAGCCUGAAUAUUGAGAGAGUUAAGAGAAAAUUGAAUGUGGAAGUUGAGUGUGAGAAAAUGAAUUAGGGUGUGAUUUAAGAUCUGCAUUAAUAUCUAAUGCUAAUGCUACUAAUAGCCCAACCAGUUAUAGAUCCUCAAUUCAUGUUUAAGCUAAUAGAUUUGUCAAAUAUUUCAGAUAAAAAGUAUGAGUCGAUGGGGUAGAAGCAAGGAAGCUACUGAUGCGAGAAAGUCUACCAUUGGAGACUUACCAACUGAUAUUAAACAGAGGAUACUAGAGUAUAUGCCCAUCCAAGUUGCUGCAAGAACUAGCAUCUUAUCAAAGAGAUGGACAUAUAUAUGGUCUACGCAGCCAAACCUUGUGUUUGAUCACCACUUUUUUCAGUAUGUAUCUAAUAACAGGGCAUCUGCUGGAAGGAUAAUCCAUAAAAUUCUCAUGCGACAUACUGGACUGAUUCUGGGAUUCCAACUUAUCUCUAGGGAACACAAGCUGGCACAGUCAGAUGUGGAUCAGUGCAUUACCUUUCUCUUAGAAAAUGGUGUCCAGAAGCUCACCAUAGAUAUGGCCAACAAUAAACCUUAUGCAUUGCCUUAUGCCAUUUUCAGUAGUUCAACAUUGACACAUUUGAAGCUUUCGAGGUGUAUCUUUGAGCUGCCUGAUGUUAUCAAAUUGCCCAGUCUUGUCAGCCUUAAUCUAGAACUUGCUGAACUUGCCAGUCGAAAAACUGUACGCUUUCCUCAUCUUCCAAUGCUCGAGAUUUUGAAGAUAAACAUGUCCAGAAUCUGCAGUUAUACUGAAAUAUUUUCUUUCUAUCACGUGGCCCCAAUGCUGAGAAGCAUUAAACACCUCUACUUGGCUGGUUCGUUCCUAGAGAACUCAUGGAUGGUUCCUGAGCCAGAGAGGCUUGUUCAACCACUAAACCUGGAAAGGUUGAUACUAUAUGACUUGGAGAUUUCUUACAAACAUAUUUAUUGUGCUCUUUGCUUCCUUCGGAUUUCACCUAAACUUUAUGAACUCAGCAUACGUGAAACCGUGAGGGUUGGUGAUACACCGAGUAAUACAACGGAGUUGCUUUCAAAUUACUUUUCCGAGCCUCGGAACCUUGUGAAUGAAGCACUGAAAAUGAUUAAGACAGUGAGGUUAAGGAAGUUCAAGGGUUCAAGAGUUGAAAUGUGCCUAGUAAGACUCCUCCUUGCUCACUCUUUAAACCUAGAGAAGAUGAUCAUUGAACAGUAUUCGAGAAAUGCCACAAGGUGUAAUGAACAUUUGAAAGAACUGGUAAGCUUUCCUCGAGCAUCACCCAAAGCAGUACUCAAGUAUUUAGAAUCUCCAUCCCACGAAACGAGGAAAAGAGCAGCUCCAGUUUAGAUUCUAGCAUAUUAUGACUUUUUGGUUAGGUGCAUUGAUGUCCUAUUCAAACUGAAUGUCAUUUAGCUAAAUAUGGAUGUAAUUUGGCAAACACUUUCUCUGACUAACAGGGCCUCAGCCUUUUUUUUUUUGGCUGUAAACUCUGCUCUAUGUAUAGACCUGCUGUCACAUUUUGUUAUGAUCCUUCUUAAUGUUAGUAAA